AUGUCAUCCACUCUCCUGCCCAACGAGAGCUUAUCUUUCACUAUUACAAUAAAAGAAGAUUCAGUGAUUGAUGUCAAUCAAAGAUGUCUGUAUCUCAGUGCUAAUCCUGUGAGUCUCCUUCCCGUCAGAAGAGUGAUAGCCAGUUCCGGGUUUCUACGAGAGACAAUCAUUCUUCUAGGUCUGUUACAACCAAAGCCCAGCUCAGCAUUACUACGAAUUAAACAUGUUGCAAUUGACUUCUCACGGGACUUUGUUCGGCAAACGAAUUUCGUGCCGGGCCUGCGGAUCAUUGGGCAGAUCCGAAUCAAUACCGAGCACACCAGCGGGUUCACAGAGCUCGCGAGAGGCCAGAGGGUAUUCGUGUUUCCCUAUUCUAAUUGCUUAUUGCAAAACUGCGCGAAUACAUGCGAGAACUGUCGGCUAGUGUCGUUGCAAGAGGAUGAUGUUGCCUUUGACAAAGCAGAUCAGUAUGAUCUUCAUCGAAACUACCCGUGCACUGAGGAAUGGAUUUAUGGAAGGACUAUCGAUGGGGGACUUCAGGACUUUAUACAAAUCCCACAUCCUUCCAAACUGUUACUUCUUGUGCCUGAUCAGGUCUCUCUGCGCGACUGUUGUUUCCUACUAGAUGUCGCUGUUCCGUUCAUGUCCUAUUGCAAGGACCAUCUAUGUCAAGGAGCGAAUCUAAUGGGCAGGACGCUAGUCAUUCUCAACGAUGUCAAGAAAGAAUCCAAUGAUUGUUUGUUAGUAAUCCGUCACCUUCUCCUUAAUGAUCAGCAAUUCACCUUCACAGAUGUUGCCACCUUGAGAGAAAGCCCUUCACUUCAAGACACCUACCAAAAACGAUUCAAUGAUGUAUUUAUCAUUGCUGCUGGACAGCAAGCUCUUGAUUUUGCUGUGUCGUUUCGUGCUCCAAACAUGAACUUCAAUGAAACGAACGAGCCACAAAUUACUUUAUUGUCUACUCAAUCGCACGAUUUAACAAUACCUCACUUCAUCAAUGUUGCACAAUUAUCGCUCUCUUUCAAAGACCGGUUUCUAAUGGAGGAGCUUUUACUCAGUAUCGCGGAGAUGAAUCUCUUAACUAAAUCUCAGCUUCCAAAACGGUUCACCUGGAGUCUGGGGUCAAGUCUUGAUUCAUACCGAGCAGAAGUUCAACCUUCAUCUUUCUUUGAUGAAGACUCCAGCUUCUUUGAGAAUUUACUUCUGUUUAGUGGCAGAAUUGAUACAGAAAGCUCUAUAAUCAAUCUGUCACUUGCAAGUGACAGCAACAAUCUGGAUAAGGGACGGUCAAGGAAACUUUUGAGAUGGUUCCAAUGUGACUAUUGCUUGAAUUUAGGUCCUGACGAUCAAUGUGACCACGCGCUAGAAUGCACAUGUCUACUGACAAAAACAAUCAAUCGAUUACUCGCUGAGCAAACUCACAUCCGGAGAGUUUUUUUGACAAUCACACAGAGGAGUAAUAGAAGUGUGAACGCUCUCAUAUUCAGUUGA